GAAUUAUCUUCCUAUAAGAAUUAUAUUAUUAUAGCCAAGGUAUGAAAGUGCAAUAGGUAGUGAUCAUUGAAACGGUAACUGCGCAAGUCAAAAGAUCUUCGAUCACGUCUCCAUAUAAAACUUCUUAUUUCGGUAUAUCUGUUUCAGUAGUCCAAAGAGCACAGUUCUAGUCACUGUUCAAUCAUUUUACAGUGAAAUGAAUCAAUCAGCAGGAAAUUUGACUUCAUUAGUAGCAAGUCUAGACAUCCCAAUAAAAACGGGACGUAUGACUUUAAAGAAUCAAAGUUUUCGCAUCGUUAUAAUUGUGAUUAGUACCUUGAUCAAUAUACUUACUGUGCUAGUGAUUGGGUUUUCACGGCAGUUGCACUAUCCCCGCCACUUGUAUUGGGUGGCGAUUUCGGUGAUAAAUCAGUUUAGCAUAAUCCAAGCAGUUGUACACAUAUUGACCUACUUGAGCCCAAAUAACAAAGUGGUAUGUCAGUUUUUCGUUUUCAACGCAGGAGUGUUUUACACAAUUGUUUUAACAUUUCUCGCUCUGGCAGCCCUUGAUCGCUAUUUGGCUAUCGCCCGCUACGAGUGGUACAAGGAGAAAGUGACGAAUCGAAGAACAAUUUACCUUUUAUCUUUCGUAUGCAUCGUGACGUAUUUGGUGGUAACAAGUCCGUUCUGGACCGGAUUUAAAAAUGUUAAAAAAUGCGCCAUAAAUCUCACCCAUAUGCAUGCUUAUUUGAUCUACGAUCUACUCCUGGGUAUUCUCUGUACCAUUUUACACGUAAUGAUUUUUAUCCGUUCAAGAAAAAUCAUUAAAGAGCAACCACCGAACUUUCUCGAAACAUCAGCAAUUGCACUUCAAUUUCGUCCAUCAAUUUCAAUAAAUCGAACUCCAGUUUCCCCUGUAGUUGAGGAACCUCGUCAAGGGGAAAAUCCAAUUGAAAAUGAGACCGAUGCAACAGGCAAUGAUGAUGCUCUUCGAAACCUUGAAUCUCAACUGGACGACACGCUCUGUUUCUCCUGGUUUUCCGGCCGCCCAAAACUCAAUCGACUUGAAAUUCGCGCCGCUCUAAGCAUGUCCGUCAAUAUGCUCCCGUUCUGGUUUUGUACGUUUCCCGUUACUUUGGUUGGCAUCGCUAUUUAUUGGUGUUAUCGUCUCCAAAUUAACUGCUCAGUAGUUUAUCAAAUUAACCGAUAUCUCGUUGACUGGUUUAUCAUCCACACUCUCUACAGUCCUCUGAUGUACAUAUCUACUAGCACCGAAUUCAAACGUGCCCUGAUUCAUUUAAAAGAUAGAAUAAAAUUGCGUAAUAGCCGCACAUAA